CUAGCACUGGUAUUCCGUAGGACAACACUGAACAACUGUGCGUAUUUUUCACCCAAAACAAUUAAGAUAGAUAUAUUAUUUUAAGAAAUCUUGUUUAGUAUACGAUGGGAGGACAUCACGGGGAGCCAUACACAGUGCCACAUCCAUCUAUAUACAAGGUUGAAAAUGUACCGCAGUUGGUGGAAGUUAAGGAGGCGCUUGGACGCCAGGGACUUAGCGAUCCAUGGUUGAGAAAUGAGGCCUGGCGUUAUGAAAAGAAAGGCUUUGGCACACAUAGAUCUCGCCUUAAUACCUUCAUGUUCCGCGGACUCGGCGUAGGGUUCUGUGCAUUUCUGGCCACCAUCGCGGUAGAGUAUGCGCUCGGCAUUGGCAAAGGGCAGGGUGACCACGGACAUGGACACGGGCACGACGACAAAAAAAGUCAUUAGUGCAUAUUAGGCGAUAUCUAAUUAAAUCGAUACACGUUGAAUAAAACUGUGAAUACGCUUUAA